AAGGAGGUGCACCACCGAAACCCCUCUCUCGUUUACACCCCACUUUCUCUCUCCUCUCUUGGUGCUCGGUUGCGUAACGAAUCUCACAGAACAGCCCCAAGUUUGAAGAGAGAGAGAAUUACUCUGCAACCAUGCUCCUUUACCAGGACCUCCUUACCGGUGACGAGCUCUUGUCCGACUCGUACCCCUACAAGGAACUCUUUAAUGGAUGCCUUUGGGAGGUAGAAGGAAAGUGGAUUGUCAAAGGGGGUGUUGACAUCGACAUUGGUGCCAAUCCUUCUGCUGAAGAUGGUGGAGAAGAUGAAGGUGUCGAUGACCAAGCUCAAAAGGUUGUUGACAUUGUUGACGUCUUCAGGCUCCAGGAGCAACCUUCCUAUGACAAGAAGCAGUUUGUUGCAUGGGUUAAGAGAUACAUCAAGAACCUGACUGCCAAAUUGGAAGGUGAACAAGCUGCCGAGUUCAAGAAGAAUGUUGAGGCAGCAACCAAAUAUCUUAUGUCUAAGCUCAGCGACCUUCAAUUUUUUGUGGGUGAGAGCAUGCAAGAUGAAUGUGCCACAGUGUUUGCUUACUACAAGGAGGGUGCUGCUGACCCAACUUUCUUGUACUUCUCCCAUGGUCUGAAGGAAGUCAAGUGCUAAGUGAAAGGAGUUGUGUGUGAUCCAUCUCUCAAGAGGGGUUCGCCUUAAUUCUUAAUUCUGAUAUUUAUAGGUUAAGAUGUUUUAAGUUUCAGUUUUGCAGUAUUUUUGUUAACUCUUGUUGUCAGACUUCUUGUAUGUUUUGAGAAAAGUGGGAUGGUGAAAUCAGUUGGUUUAGCCUUCCCUUGUGUGUCACUGUUUUGUUCAAUUGAGAAUUCUGGAUAUAUUAAUAUAUUUACUCCCCAUUUGAGAAUAAGCAA